AUGUCUAAUGGUUGCAAGCAUGAGGUUAGUCUAUUCGGAAUUAUAGCAAUAUCUGUAUUUCGCUCACAAAUGCGACGCUUUACAAAAUCCGUUUUAUGUCCAGCAAACAUAUCAAGAACAAGAAGCGAACGUGGAUUUGAGCCCAAAUUAGCUCGUCGAUGUCAUAUAUUCUCUACCCACCAGAUCAUUUCUGUCUCGUUCAUCCAACCACUUGGAUUCGCAUGGACAUAUACACCAUCAGGAAACCUUUCUCAGGGUAUAUUAACUAACUUAAAAAUAAUGAAUAGUGGAAGUUUAGUACCAUCUGCAAGACAGGCUAGAGUUACUGUAAAACAGGUGCGUUCAUGGCCUGUUGUAAGAAUUGAAAUAGUUUUUUUUCUAGAUUCCUCAACUGUUGUUUGGUUUGGCAUGUUAAAUGCAAUAGGAGUUUCAUCUAUAUUUCCUAUUAAGUUUAAAGGGUAA